AUGGCUAGAAAUUUUGAUGAUAUGUUUAAUGAGGCUUUGUAUGCCAAAAGAAGACGGCAAGAUAACACAUUCAUAGAUAAUUGGAUCGAUGAGUAUUUACUCGAAGAUUCAGAAGAAGAAGAUAUCGAUAAAAGCUCUAUUCCAACUCCUCGUAGAUGGAUCAAUAGAGAUCGAAAAGCAGGACAUGAUCAUCUUUUCCAAGAUUACUUUGCAGAUGAAACAGUGUAUAAUGCUGACGUUUUUCGACGGAGAUUUCGAAUGAGAAAACAUGUGUUCCUUCGGAUAGUAGACGCUCUCUCAAAUAUCUAUCCGUAUUUUCAACAGAGGGUUAAUGCAACUGGAAGAAGAGGCUUGUCAUCUCUCCAAAAAUAUACUGUUGAGAUGCAGAUGUUAGCAUAUGGCGUAGCAACUGAUGGUGUUGAUGAUUAUGUGCGCAUAGGCGAGAGCACUACAAUUGAAUGCUUGGAAAAAUUUGUUGAAGGUGUCAUUUUGGUGUUCGAGGAUGAAUACUUGCGAAAACCAAAUCCAAAUUACGUACGACGCUUGCUACAAAUGGCAGAGGGUCGUGGCUUUCCUGAUCGUUCUCCAGUGUUCGAUGAUAUUCUAAAUGACCGUGUUCCAGUGGUAAAUUAUACUAUUAAUGGUAAUAAUUAUACCAUAGGAUACUAUUUAGCAGAUGGUAUUUAUCCUGAAUGGGCCACAUUUGUCAAAUCAAUCUCAAAGCUACAAGGGAAAAAAUGCAAGUUAUUUGCACAAUACCAAGAAGGGCAAAGAAAAGAUGUGGAGCGAGCAUUCGGAGUAUUGCAAGCACGCUUUGCAAUUAUACGUGGUCUAGCUCGCUUUUGGGAAAAGAAGAAGCUUGCCAACAUAAUGAGAGCUUGUAUUAUAUUGCAUAAUAUGAUUGUUGAGGAUGAAAGAGACACUUAUGCCGGAAAUUUUGCUCAAGACUUAGAGUAUGAUGAUGUCGAAAAUGGCUUAUCACAACCUCAGUUGGGAGAAGAAGAUUUUGCACCAUACCAUCAAUUUCUCCAAAGAAAUGCCCAACUUCGAAAUAGGCAGCAGCAUAGACAAUUGAAAGAGGAUUUGAUUGAACACAUAUGGCAAUUUCACAUUGCUUGUCGUCAACUAUAA